AUGGGGAAGAAAUCCAAAAAAGGAUGUGAUUUUAAAGCUGUUUUGAGGAAGAACUGGUUGCUCAUGAGUACAAUUCUCGCUGUAGUGUUAGGUAUAGUGACGGGACUUCUGGUACGGCAGCAUGCCGUAUUAUCAAGCCUGGACAAGUUCUACUUCGGGUUUCCUGGAGAGAUCCUGAUGAGAAUGCUGAAGCUGAUUAUUUUACCUUUAAUUGUUUCCAGUAUGAUUACAGGAGUUGCUGCUUUGGAUUCAGACGUCUCAGGGAAGGUCGGAGCACGGGCAGUGGUGUAUUAUUUUUCAACUACCAUCAUUGCUGUGAUUCUAGGAAUUGUGUUGGUCAUGGCCAUCAAACCUGGCAUCGCUCACAAUGCUGAAGAAAUUGACAGGAGUGGAAGUACCCCGGAAGUCACCACUGUAGAUGCCUUGCUUGAUCUCCUUAGGAAUGCAUUCCCAGAAAACCUGGUCCAGGCCAGCUUUCAACAGUAUAAAAGCAAGAGACAGGAAAUUGAACCUGUAAACAAUGUCAGCGUUACCACUGGGGUAACAGUUACUGUUAUAAUGACCACUCUGAUGAAUGAGAAUAAAACCAAGGACUACAAGGUGGUUGGCAUGUACUCUGAUGGAAUCAAUGUGCUGGGGCUUAUUGUCUUCUGCCUCGUGUUUGGGAUUGUCAUAGGACAAAUGGGAGAAAAAGGAAAAAUUCUGCUGGACUUUUUUGAUGCGUUGAAUGAAGCCACCAUGAGAAUAGUGCAGAUCAUCAUGUGGUAUAUGCCAAUUGGCAUUUUAUUCCUGAUUGCUGCAAAAGUAAUGGAAGUGGAUGACUGGGAAAUUUUCCGCAGACUUGGACUUUACAUGGCCACAGUGCUGAGUGGAUUAGCCAUCCAUGGAAUAAUCAUCCUACCCAUGAUCUAUUUUAUUGUGGUACGGAAAAACCCCUUCACAUUUAUUGGAGGGAUGGCUGAGGCAUUACUGACUUCUGUGAUGAUUUCAUCCAGCUCCGCAACUUUGCCAGUGACUUUCCGAUGUGCCGAGGAGAAGAAUAAAGUGGACAAAAGGAUCACCAGAUUUGUGCUGCCAGUGGGAGCCACGAUAAACAUGGAUGGAACAGCUCUGUAUGAAGCAGUUGCUGCCAUAUUUAUUGCUCAGCUGAAUGACUACCCAUUGGAUGCAGGACAGAUCAUCACCAUCAGUAUUACAGCGACGGCAGCCAGCAUUGGAGCAGCGGGGGUCCCUCAGGCUGGAAUGGUUACCAUGGUGAUUGUUCUCACUGCUGUUGGAUUGCCUGCUAACGAUGUCACACUCAUCAUCGCUGUGGACUGGCUGCUGGAUCGGUUUCGAACAAUGGUGAAUGUACUUGGAGAUUCUUUUGGAGCCGGAAUUGUGGAGAAGCUGUCUCAAAGGGAACUCCAACAGAUGGAUCUGUCAAGUGGCAUUGACAUAGUGAAUCCCUUUGCUUUGGAAACAGCUAAUUCGGAGAAAGAAGAAAUGAAGAUAAAAGAAGCGUAUGUCAAUGGGGCAUUUGAUAUCGAUAAAUCAGAUGCUGUAGCUGUCACAGAAACAUCCCAAUUUUGACUGAAUAAGAAUGACAAUUUGUGAUUUUGACAUCACAGCGAUUACACUGGCAAAACUGUAAAUCUGAAUGAAUUCAUGAAUUUUAUCCUACCAACAAUAAUAUGUUAAGAUUAGCAUUUGAAAGUGUAAUAUAUACUGACUAUUGAACACUGAUAAUCAAAUGCAAAUUAUUUCUCCAUCAGCUUGCAAUCAAGAUAUGUUAGUGCUCCAGUCUAGAUGCAUGGAGUGAGAUACAAAACAAUAACUAUUGCAAGUCAGUUGAUUUUGGAAUCAACUGAUUUAAGAAUGGGUAAUAACUACUUAAUGAAAUUAAAAAAAUGUUUUUUAAAAACAAAUAAUAGAUUGCAAGAAUUAAUAUUGGGCAAUAAUUGUAAUUCUUGGUUCAGGUAAGAAUUUAUAACCAUGUGCAAUAGCUUAUCAUAAUUGUCUCAACCUUCAAUUAGCUGCAUUAACCAUUCCAAUGAGCUAUUAUGUUCUAAAUGAUGUUUCAAAGAAUACAUAAUCUACAUUUAACGUUUGAGAUAACAAUGAUUGUGUUAUUACAUGUGUAGUGUAAUCUGUCUGAAAUCAGACUUAAGUUAAUAAGCAUGCAAUUCUUAAUUUGGUGAGCCAAGAUGAAAAUUCUAGGAUGUGGCUGAUAAACCAAAAUGGCUCAACUUGCAUUGGGUCUGCAAAAUGAUAUGACAUUACCUUGUAAUAUAUCAUGAAUUUCUGCAGGGCUUUUCUUGCAAUAUAAUUUUAUGGUGUAAUUUUGGUGGGAAAUCUGUAUAUCUAAACUACAUACAGUACAUAUGUAAAAUUAACUUCUGCUGAUGUUAUGAGAGCAGAAUGGGAGAUGGCUUAAGGAAAUAUAUCCCAACUGUGUUGGCUCCAGUGUAAACUAAGAAUUUCAGCAUUAUCCAGUUCAUUUGCAAGAGCAUCAUUUAUCAAAGAUGACAUGCACAGAUACCAAUGCCUACUUGAAUUAGGCCUUGCUAAUAUUCUAAAUGUACAUUGGCAGUAGGUGCAUAAAGAUUUAAUUAAAAUGUCAUAUGACCUGAUUAUAUUAGCUACA